AUGACAGCUCCGCGCAGUGUCGCCGCUGCCCUGCGCAGGACAAGACUGUCAUCUCGGUGCCGCUACACACCACAGACCAUAUUCGUACCGAUCUCGGUCAACGCUUCUCGUUCUUUCAGCAUCACCGCCAUAAACAGAUCAGAUGCUUCCAAGAAAAUCCAAUUGACCGCCGCAGCAUACCCCCAGCUUAAACGAGACCCCAAGUUCGGCGAGGUCACAAAAGAACAUGUACAAUACUUCAAAGAGCUUCUCGGCACGGACUCUGCGCUCAUCGACGGCAUCAACGCCGAUGCAACCGAUGACCUGGCCCCGUUCAACAGCGACUGGAUGCGCAAGUACGGAGGCCAGACACGCCUUGUCCUGAAACCACAGACUACGGAAGAAGUGAGCAAGAUUUUGAAAUAUUGCAAUGAGAAUAAAUUGGCUGUUGUGCCCCAGGGUGGAAAUACGGGUUUGGUUGGAGGCUCGGUGCCCGUGUUUGAUGAAAUUGUUAUCAAUACUGCGCGGAUGAACAAGAUUCGUAGUUUUGAUGAGGAAUCCGGCGUUCUUGUUGCCGAUGCCGGUGUUAUUCUCGAGGUUGCCGAUACACAUGUCGGUGAAAAGGGCUAUCUCUUCCCAUUGGAUCUUGGAGCAAAGGGAUCAUGCCACAUUGGAGGAAACGUUGCCACUAACGCUGGUGGUCUACGUCUUUUGCGUUAUGGAAGUCUCCACGGGAACGUUUUGGGAUUGGAGGCUGUUUUGCCCGAUGGAACCAUCAUCGACAGUCUAUCCAAGCUUCGUAAGAACAACACUGGUUACGACUUUAAGCAAUUGUUCAUCGGUGCGGAAGGAACAAUCGGUAUUAUCACUGGUGUCUCCAUCUUAUGUCCUCCCCGUGCCAAGGCUGUUAAUGUUGCUUACUUUGGUUUGGAAAGUUUUGAGCAAGUCCGAAAGGCUUUCCGUGAAGCCAGGGGCCAACUUUCCGAGAUUCUCUCUGCCUUUGAACUGAUGGAUGGCCGAAGUCAGGUUUUAGUGAAGGAAGCUACUGGCAGCAAUCCCCCUCUCGAAGGCGAAUACCCGUUCUACUGUCUGAUCGAGACCAGUGGCUCCAAUGCCGAACACGACACUGCCAAAUUGGAAUCGUUCCUAGAACACGUCAUGGAAGAAGGCAUCGUUGCCGACGGAGUCCUUGCCCAGGACGAGACCCAAAUCCAAUCCCUCUGGCGCUGGCGUGAGGGUAUCACCGAAGCUUUGAGUCAUCUCGGAGGAACCUACAAAUACGACGUCUCCAUCCCACUCCCUGAACUCUACCAGCUCGUCGAAGACUGCAAAGCUCGCCUUACCGAGAAGGGCCUUGUGGGCGACGAUGAUUCAUUCCCCGUCCGUGCCGUUCUCGGAUAUGGCCAUAUGGGAGAUUCCAAUCUGCACCUGAACGUGUCUGUACGACAAUACACUAAGGAAGUCGAGAAAGCCAUUGAGCCCUGGGUUUACGAAUGGAUCGCCAAGCGCAACGGCAGUAUCAGCGCAGAGCAUGGAUUGGGCGUUGCGAAGAAGGAGUUUAUUGGGUAUAGCCAGAACGAUACGAACGUUAAGCUUAUGAAGCAGUUGAAGAAUCUGUACGAUCCAAACGGAAUCAUGAACCCAUACAAGUAUAUAUAA